AUGACUCGCCGAUGUGUUGCAUGUCACGAGAUUACCCCACCCAAUAAUAUUAAUUAUUGUCCUAAUUGUGGACACGACUUUCGUAGACGUCCGAUUCAGCAGCCAUCAUCAAAUGACAACGAUGGCAAGUUAUCGCACUCUUGUGAAUAUAAGAGUGUUUGUGUAGAAUACCUUCGAUCCUUGAAUUGGAACAAAGAUUUAUUUAAUCGAGAAUUUAAUCGUUGUUACUGUAAAAAUUGUUAUCGAGAUUCGUUUCCAGAUACUCUUACAGAAGCCGGCUCACUUUAUGUUAUCCCACGUGGUUGGUGCCGAUUCGGUCUUCAAGUGGAUAAGGUACGCGCCGAUGUAGAUAAUAUCUGGCGUAACUGGAUUGUGACCUAUCAUGGGACAUCAGCGGUAGCAGCGCAAUCAAUUGUUGCUCAUCGACAAUUCUUAAUACCUGGCGAUAAACGUAUCGAUGGAAAGAAAAUUGCCAUACUCCCUGGGCAUAUCGAUGAAAAAUUUCAUAUUUAUACGUCACCAACCAUUGCCUAUUCAGGUCAUCCAGUCUAUUGCCCGUCAGUACGAUUUCAAUCGAAUAUAACAAAGAAAUAUUAUAAUGCACGCAUCGUACUUCAAUGUCGACAAAUGCCAGGAAAAUUUCAAGUUCAGCGAGAAACAAUUGGAGCUGAUAAUAAGAGAAUAUGUCCAAUCAUACCAAACAACCAAGUUGAAAUAUUUACGACAGUUCGUGCAUCUAUUGUACCUUAUGGUUUAUUGAUACAUUUAGCUGAGACUAACUAA